AUGGCUUGUUUGCUACGUUUCUCUAACCUUUUCGUGUUGCUUGCUGCUUUAAUAACGUUUAUUGCACAAGUUUCGUUGUCUGAUGACUUUACAUUUUCUCCACUCAACCACACGAGCAUCAUUCUCGUCGGCGCUACCGGCGAUCUGGCACAGAAAUACUUGUGGCAAGCGAUAUUCGAUCUCUACAGAAGCGUAAGCGUAGCUGGUCACACUUUCAGCAUCUACGGAGGUGCCCGGGAGAGUCACGUGACCGGUUCAACCCAUCUAGAGAAUAUACUGAGGAGUGAGAUGAAAUGUAGGGAUGACAACUGUGGCACGAGUGGCUGCAAUUGUGAUAAAUUAAGAGCUGAAUUUAUGACAUUGUGCAAGUAUCAUCAACUGACUGAGGACGGAGAUUAUGAGCAGCUGUGUGGGAUGCUCGAUUUAUCGACCAAUGAGACGGGGCGAUUGUUUUAUUUAGCUGUGCCUUCGACUGUAUAUGGACACAUUUCAACACUAAUUAAUCGCCACUGUAGGCCACACACGAAUGCAUGGUUGAGGGUUGUGUAUGAAAAACCAUUCGGUCGAGACCUGCAUUCAGCAGAACGACUUGUGGACAGCAUCGGAGCUCAACUGUCUAACAAUGAGAUUUAUAUAGUUGAUCAUUAUUUGGGUAAAUCGACUAUGAAUUCUAUACUUGAGUUUAGGAAUUUAAAUCGUCAGUGGCUGGAGCCAUAUUGGAACAAGCAUUGGGUAGAUCGUGUGGACGUUGUGUCUGCUGAGACGGUCGAUUGUCGUGGACGGACGCGGUUUUAUGAUCAGUAUGGUGUUAUUCGAGACAUGCUGCAGAAUCAUUUGACUGAAGCAGUUGUGUUAGCUGCUAUGGAUUUAUCACAGAAUGCUAGUAAAAUUGCCCAGUUAAAGAAUGACUUUCUAGGAUAUAUUCACCCACCAACAACUGAGGGUUGCAUUAUUAUUGGACAGUAUGAGACGUAUGAGGAGCAUGUACGUGAUGACACGAAAGAUGAAUUAAAACACUCAUCGACUCCUACGUUUGCUGCUGUUUUGAUAUCAAUACUGAGUAGUCGGUGGGAUGGAGUACCAUUUGUUGUUGUCUCAGGGAAACAGUUACCACACAGAACAGCGUACAUCAAAGUUCGAUUUCGAGAUUUUCAAUUUCAAAUCUCAUCGUUAGGGAAGGCAGAUAAUGAGUAUGAGCCUGAAAUAAUUUUUCAUAUUCAAGGUGGAGACAUGAAGACACCGGCUAUUCUUGUUUCUCGAAACUUUCCAGAGCCGACGGUUCCUAAUGGAUGGCAGCUAGAAAUGACAAACAUGUCAGUGAAGUAUCACGUUCUUGUACCUGUGAAACAACAUGGUGCAUACUCUACGAUACUACAUGGAGUUUAUGACAAUAAAUUGGAUAUUGGAGUGCCUACAAGUCGAUUAUUGAGUCAAUGGCGUGUAUGGACUUCUUUGUUACAGUCAGUCAAUACAAAUUCUUUGCGUCUUGUCAAGUACUCAGCAGAUACUGCGCAUCGUCUCGAUUUUAGAAUCGUGGGUAACAAGCUUGUUAGACAUGAAGAAAGAAUUAUGGACGAUAAGGAUUUUAUGAAUGUCUAUAAUGCGGGUAUUAGCAGCCACAGAGUAGCACUGGCAAGUGGCUAUGGUUUGGAGUCUCUUCUUGGUCACUCUGUAAUUGUUGGGUCUAUGGACUCUAUUAUUACAAAGCUAGUUCAAGAUAUUCAAGAUGCUGCCGAGAGAGCAAUCAGCAAGUCAGGGGAAUUCCACUUAGCUUUGCCUGGUGGCUCAAGCGUUCUUCCUCUUUUCGACAAACUUUCAUUUUACUCAAGUUCAUUUCCAUGGCAACAGACUCACUUAUUUUUGACUGAUGAACGAUGUGUGCCAUUCAACCAUUCCUCUUCUAAUUUCAAAUCAAUGGUUGAUCGUCUCUUAAACUAUGUAAAGGUUCCAUACGUUAACAUCCAUCCUGUUCCAGUCAAUGUGUUGGAAUGUGAGGAUGCAUGUCAGGCAUAUGAGAAGGAAAUUCAAACGCACAUUGUUGAUGCAAGUAUUGAUUUUGUUGUAUUGGGUGUGGGCCGUGAUGGUCAUACAGCAUCUCUAUUUCCUAACAUAGAGUCGCUGGACGAGGCAGAGAAGUUAGUCAUAAAGACAGUGAGAGGGCUUGAUUCAUCGUUAGAUGACUAUCAUAGGAUAUCGCUGACAUACAGAGCUAUACAGAAAGCAAAGGAAAUAGCUGUGCUUUUUCAUGGGCAACAUAAACAAAAUUUGCUAAAUGAAUUACGACACGAAGGAGUGGAUGGAAAGAAGUAUCCAAUCAUCAGAGUAGCAAAGAUUGUCAGACAGAUGGUAUGGUACAUUGACACUGAUCUAUGGAAGUCAAAUCUUGGAAACAGCAAAACAUGAUGCUAAAUUUAGGAAUAAUU